AUGGAUAUGCUUCUUCUCAUCUCAUCUCUUGCUAUUCUCGUCAUUUUCCUCCUCUCCCUCCACAAAAGCCUCCGAAGAACCCCUCGUCGGCCCCCGGGGCCAAAAGGGCUUCCGUUCAUCGGCAACAUUCACCAAAUCUACAACUCAAAACCCCAUAUUUGGCUCACAGAACUAUCAUACAAAUACGGCCCUCUCAUCUACUUGAAAUUCUGCCGAUUGCCAGUCGUCGUGAUCUCGUCGGCCGAUGCAGCGAAGAAGGCUCUCAAACACAACAACGUGACCUUCGCAGGCUGCCCUUACACGUCUGCUUCGCUGAGGCUAACUUACAACAACAGCAACAUAGCCACCUCAUCCUACUCCGAUUAUUGGAGGAAGAUGAGGAAAAUGGUGGUUCACCACCUCUUUGCUCCCCACAAACUACGCUCCUAUCGCCCCAUUCGUCACGAUGAAAUUUCUUCAAUGAUUUCUAGGAUUUCGAGCAAGGCCGACUUGAGUGAGGCCAUCAAUCUAGGAGACAUUAUGUCGUCCUUCAACUGUAACGUUGUGUGUCGCGUCGCGUUUGGGAAGAAAUUGGAUUCGAGGUCGUGGACAAAGUUGGAGAGGCUUUUUAGUCGACUUUGGAGGGUCAUAUUUGAAACGUUUUUGGCUGAUUGUGUGAUGUUUGGUUUCAUCAACAAACUCCUCGGCUCGGCAAAAAGAGUGGACAAGAUUUUCGAGGAGAUGGAUUCGUUUUAUCAACAACUCAUCGAUGAGCAUCUUCAUCCAAACAGACCGGAUUCGAUGACCAAUGACAUUCUUCAUCGCCUCAUUCAGCUUAGGGAAGACCAUUCCUCUGAGGUUCAGAUUGAUUGGAACCAUGUCAAGGCAAUACUCAUGGAUGUAUUAAUUGCUGGAACGGAUACAACUGGAGCAUCACUAACCUGGGUAAUGACAGCUCUUAUGAAGAACCUGAAUGCAAUGGAAAAAGUGCAAGAAGAGAUUAGAAGUGUAGUGAGGGAGAAAAGGUUAGUACAUGAAGAUGAUAUUGAAAACUUGCCCUACCUAAAGGCAGUGGUGAAAGAGACUCUAAGAUUGUACCCAAUCGUACCGUUGGUACCAAAGGAGACGAUAAAGGCGUGCAUCAUAGAUGGCUAUGAGAUUCGAGAAAAAACGUUUGUGUGGGUGAAUAUAUGGGCCAUUGGUAGAGAUCCUGAGUACUGGGAAAAUGCAGAUGAGUUCAUUCCUGAGCGGUUCUUGAACACGAGCAUUGAUUUUAGAGGGCAAGAAUUCGGAUUCAUUCCAUUUGGAUCGGGAAGAAGAGUGUGUGUGGGAGCGUCUCUAGCAGUGGCCAACAUGGAAGUGGCACUGGCCAACCUUCUCUACUCUUUUGAUUGGGAAACUCCACCAGAACGAGAAAUUGACACUAAGGCAUCUACAGGAUUCCUUCUGCAUAAGAAAAACCCACUUUACUUGCAACCCAUAUUACAUGUUUGACCAUUUCAUAAUUCUAUCACAUAUAUUUGUCUACUUAUGAAUGU